AUGUGCAAACCCGGCAGCUACACCAAUCUUCUCAUCGUCUUUGCCCCCCUGGGAAUAACCGCUGGCUUCCUGGAUAAAUCCCCGGCACUGGUCUUCAAUUUAAAUUUCCUUGCCAUCGCAUCGCUGUCCAAGCUAAACAACCGCAGGUUGUGCCGUUUAUCGGCUGUUCUGGGACCAGGGGGAGGAGGACUGUUGUAUGCCCUUUUCGAUAAUGCGCCGUUACUCAUCGUGACUAUUCAAAACAAUUCCAUCCGUGUUAUUCAGUCAUGUAUUCUUGGCAGCGUAUUAGCCAACCUUCUUCUCGUUAUUGGAUGGUGUUUCUUCAUCGCUGGCAUCCGCCACUCAGAAUCCAAUUUCAGCACAUCCUAUGCGUCCACGACAUCUUCCCUGAUGAUCGUCGCAUCGAGUGCCCUCGUUGUCCCAUCAGCCCUGUCCGAGGCGCAAUGCAGAGUGGACGAUGAUUGUGAAGAGGCGCUCGUGCGGGUAUCGCGUUCAGUGUCCAUAGCUCUUCUCGUACUAUUCGCAACUUAUCUGCACUACAGACUCAGAUCGCACAGAGCUCUUUUCAUGGAUCCGUUUGACGCGUUGAGUAACCGACCGAUGGCAGAACUCUUUUGGAUUGGCAUGGCUGAAGCAAUACUUCUCGUCGGAAAUCUUGCUCUGACUUCGAUGUCUGCUUACUUUCUGGUUAGAACACUUGACGCUGCAUCAGAUACCCGUUUCAUCAGUGAUCGGAUGGCGAGUUUCGUUCUUCUUCCCCUUGCAACGGAUGGUCCAUCUCGACUGGGUGCAAUCGUGGCUGCCUACCAGAAUAAGAUGCCAAAGGCCAUGGACUUUGCAAUCAGCCGAAGCAUGCACGUGGCUCUGUAUGUAGCCCCAGUCCUGGUCCUGUUUUCGUGGGCGAUUCAAUCGAGAUCCCCUAUGACAUUGCACUUUCCAACACCGGAAACAAUUUCCAUCUUCCUCGGAACGCUUUUGCUCGCAGAAGUAUGCCGUGAUGGGCAGGCCGAUUAUCUAGAGGGGGCCAUGUGUCUUGUUAUGUAUGAUUUACCCUGUCCCUUGAAGAGAAUUGGUUUGCUGAAUAUUGGCCUCACAGGUUCAUGA